AUGUACAGAAAAAGGCAGUUACAUCAAUUGAAUCAUCCAUUCAGUUCUCAGCCCUUUGAAGCAGUUAUCUUUGGCUCGUGGCAAGCUGUGGAGCUCCUAAAAAUCGAGUCAGGAACUAUGACCAUGCAUUUUUUAGAUGAUCGUCAUAUGGCUAUGGAGAAAGGCCCCUCCUCAGACAUUCGUAUAAGGUCAAGGAAAGCUACUUUAUCAGAUUGCUCCUGCUUAUUACGUCCUGGAAUUGACAUAUGCGUGUUAUCAGCCCCUCAGCGCACUGAUAAUUCAGAUGAAUUUAGUCUCGAACCUGUUUGGGCUGAUGCUAAAAUAAGUUCUAUACAGAGAAAGCCCCAUGAAUCUGAGUGCUCAUGUCAAUUUUAUGUCAACUUCUAUGUUAAUCAAGGUUCGCUUGGUGCAGAGAUAAGAACUCUUAGUAAGGAGAUUAAAAUAGUUGGAAUCAAUCAAAUCUCUAUCCUCCAAAGACUUGAACAUAUUCCUUGUGAAAAUCAGCCUUACCGGUGGGCUUCAUCUGAGGACUGCUCUGCAUUAUCACAAACUAAAUUGCUUUUGGGAAAAUUUUUAUGUGAUCUUUCAUGGUUAGUUGCUGCGUCUGUUGUAAAGAAGGUUUCAUUUUGUGCAAGAUCUGUAGAAAACAAGCUAGUGUAUCAAAUUUUGGGAAGUAAUAUUAUUAGCACUUCAUUGAACACUGAGUCUCAUAUAAAUGUUGUGAAUUUCAGAAUAGACAAUGACGUAUUAGUACCUUUUGUUUCUCAAGUUGUUACACAUACUAUCGAGAGAAUUGAGUAUGCACAUGAAUCCCAUGAAGAUAAAGUGUCUCCAUCUUAUAAUAUUGAGGGCUUACGACGUUCCAAACGCCGGAAUGUACAACCUGAGCGUUACCUUGGUUGCGAUGAUGUUUCUGAGUUCGAAGUUGGUUCUUUUAGAACCAGGCCACCAGUUAAGAUAGACACAUGGGAGGAUGAUGAAUUGUCAUUGCCAUUAUCAUGCCUGUUUGGUUUGCAGCAAAACUGUCCAGAAGAGGAUGUUAACAAUUGUCAAAAGGUCAAGAAGGUGAAUACCUGCCGGGAGCUUGUAGUGUACAAGAGGAGGGCUAACAGGAGGGCUAAAACCGGGGAGGUAAAGUUAGGCGAUGCUAAUCAAAAUGAGCAUCAAAAUCAACUUGCUAUUAUUCCUUUUCCUGAUCAAGGUGAUCCAAUAGCCCUUGAGCAUUAUGAUGUAAAUGACAAGGUUACUAGAAGUUACGGGCAUGAAUGUACUGAAAAUUCUUCCAGAUAUCAUCAUCUGAAAAAUAGCCCUAAACUAAAGGGGAACAAUAAGAGGAGUUUAUGUGAUCUGGAUGACAUGGAUAUUGGAAACAAAUGGGAAGGGAUAAAUUCCAAUAAAGGAACUCAAGAGAAAAAAUAUCAUUCUACAUAUUCAAGAAGUAGAAAUCUUGGCGAAGAAAAAACUUAUAAAGGCAGAGACAGAACCUUAAAUGCAGCUGCCUACAAGGAAUUGAUAAAUUCAUACUUAAAGAAAAUGAAUACAAGACCAGCUAAAGAAGAACCAUCUGUUACUGAUCAGUGGAAGCAAGUCCAGGCAACAAGCAUGUUUGGCCAACCGAAGGAAACAGAGUUAUCACAUAGAGAGGAGGAUGAGGAAGAAAUGUCUGAGAUAGAUAUGUUAUGGAGAGAAAUGGAAGUGUCAUUGGCAUCAAGUUAUCUUAACGAAGACAAAGAGGGUUCAAAUGCUGACAAUUGUGCUGAGGCUCUGGAGAAAUCGACUGAAGUUUGUGAACAUGAUUAUAGAUUGAACGAAGAAAUUGGAAUUUACUGCCUAAAAUGUGGCUUUGUGAGGAUGGAGAUUAAAUAUGUUUUGCCACCCUUUAUAGAACGUUCAGUGUGUCACCAAGAGGAUAAGCAGUGUGGUGGAGAAUAUUCAGGGUCCAAGACUGAUGAAGAUGAUGAUUUCCAACUUUGCGCAACUUAUGCUUCUCCUGAUGAACCUAUUUCUGAAGAAAGUGAUAACGUUUGGGCAUUAAUUCCCGAACUUAGAAAAAAGUUGCAUGUCCACCAAAAGAAAGCUUUUGAGUUUCUUUGGCAAAAUAUUGCAGGGUCUAUGGAACCAGCUCUUAUGGAAGCAGAAUCCCGAAAAAGAGGUGGCUGUGUGAUAUCUCAUUCUCCUGGAGCUGGAAAAACUUUACUCAUUAUUGCUUUUCUUGUUAGCUACUUGAGGUUAUUCCCCGGGAAGAGGCCUCUGGUCCUUGCUCCAAAAACAACGCUCUAUACUUGGUAUAAAGAAUUUAUCAAGUGGGAAAUUCCUGUACCAGUGUAUCUGAUUCAUGGCCGUAGAACCUUCAGGGUAUACAAGCAGAAAUCAGCAAUGGUUUUUCCUGGAUUUCCCAAGCCCACUGAGGAUGUAAAGCAUGUUUUGGAUUGCCUGGAAAAUAUACAAAAGUGGCAUUCACACCCAAGUGUUCUAAUAAUGGGCUAUACUUCAUUUUUAACAUUGAUGCGAGAGGAUUCAAAGUUUGCACACAGAAAGUAUAUGGCUAAAGUAUUGAGGGAAAGUCCUGGGCUCCUGGUACUGGAUGAAGGGCAUAAUCCAAGAAGCACUAAAUCAAGGUUGAGAAAAGUUUUAAUGAAAGUAGAGACAAAAUUGAGGAUAUUACUUUCGGGUACAUUAUUUCAGAACAACUUCUGUGAAUACUUCAACACUCUCUGCCUGGCAAGACCAGUGUUUUCUUUUGAAGUUCUGAAAGCAUUAGACCCAAAAUACAGGAGGAAAAGGAGGGCACCAGAAAAGGCAUAUCAUUUAAUAGAGUCACGGGCUAGAAAAUUCUUCCUGGAUAAAAUUGCUAAGAAAAUUGACUCAAAUAUUGGUGACGAGAGGAUGGAAGGUCUAAACAUGUUGAGGAAUGUAACAAAUGGUUUUAUAGAUGUUUAUGAAGGUGGGAAUUCUGAUAGUCUACCUGGUUUACAAAUUUACACAUUGCUAAUGAAUACAACUGAUGUACAGCAUGAGAUUUUGCAGAUCCUGCACAAGAGAAUGGCUAAGUGCAGUGGAUACCCUCUGGAGUUAGAGCUUUUGAUAACUCUUGGUUCAAUACAUCCUUGGUUGGUCAAAACAGCUGUCUGUGCUGAAAAGUUUCUCACUAGGGAGCAAUUGAAGGAGCUAGAUAAAUACAAGUUUGAUUUAAAAAUAGGGUCAAAAGUAAGAUUUGUUUUGAGCCUUAUCUAUCGUGUUGUCAAGAAGGAGAAGAUUCUUAUCUUUUGUCACAACAUUGCACCUGUCAAAUUAUUUCUAGAAUAUUUUGAGAAGUACUUUGGAUGGAGAAAAGGUCGUGAAGUUUUGGUACUAACUGGGGAACUAGAGCUCUUUGAACGGGGUGUAAUAAUGGACAAGUUUGAGGAGCCUGGUGGAGUAUCAAUGAUACUCCUUGCUUCAAUUACAGCUUGUGCUGAAGGCAUUAGUUUGACAGCUGCUUCUCGUGUGAUUAUGUUGGAUUCAGAGUGGAACCCAUCAAAAACAAAGCAGGCUAUUGCUCGUGCCUUUCGUCCUGGUCAGCAAAAAGUGGUUUAUGUGUAUCAGCUCUUGGUAACAGGCUCAUUGGAGGAAGAUAAGUACCGAAGAACCACUUGGAAAGAGUGGGUAUCAAGCAUGAUUUUUAGCGAGGCCUUUGUGGAGGACCCUUCUCAAUGGCAAGCUGAGAAGAUUGAAGAUGAUAUACUAAGGGAAAUGGUUGAGGAGGAUCGGUCUAAAUCAUUCCAUAUGAUUAUGAAGAAUGAAAAAGCUUCAACAAACAGAUGAAAGAACAGGACCAUCCGAAGCUUGAGAUUGCAGUAAGAGCAUCAAUAAAGGACCCAACCCCACUUCUUAACAAGCUUUAUGGGGAGCCCAAUCUGUCUUUUUAUUUUUUUUUUGUUCUUAACAAGCCAUUGAAUUUAUUCAGGCAGAUUCUAGUUUUUGCAAUUAUGAUAAAUUAUCGACAAUUUUAUUUAUUUAUUUAAUUAGUACAUUGGAGGUUCA